CCUGUUGAAUGUUUCCAUACUAGAGUAAAUAGGAAUUGAGAUGUUGAUUUCAGAUCAAUGGUGAGGUGAUCCGAUUCCUGUUGCAUGUUCUCAGUCAGGUGGCGGAUUUAAGCCACUACACAACUUGCAGCUACCCCACUGCGCCGCCCAGGGAGGAGCUCAACACCACGCUCUGUAGCACUAUCUACCACCAGCGAGAGUCAUAAUGACGAGCGACGACCAGCACUUCCUCGAUGUGCUAGCAGAGUAUUCGAGCGACAUCAGGCAUUUUACAGGCAAUAUAUGGGACGCAAGCGACCGACAUUUUGCUUCCGUGGCUUCCUACAUCAAAAGAAGUGUGCCCGAGAACUGGCUUCCUGAAUAUGCCCGGCCUGCUCCUCCAUCCCCGCCCCCGCUUCCAGCGUCCGCCACAUAUGUGCACCGCCUGCAAGACUGGGUUUCACGGAACCGGGCGCUAACCGCUGCCAUCGCUGCGUUUUUUGGGACAGGUGGAUACUUGCUGAUGAGGGAGAGGAGGAAGCACACAAGGAAACGGCGGGCACGGAGAGCCAGCAAUGGUGCGAGGAGAGAGGUCAUUGUGGUGGCUGGCCCGCCGUGCUCUCCCAUGACGAAGUCGAUAUCGCUAGACCUUGAACGCCGUGGGUUCAUCGUUUACAUUGUCUGCUCGGAUGUCGAAGAAGAACAGCAGGUGCACGGCGAAUCGAGAGUCGAUGUCAGACCGCUGCAUUUGGAUGUCUCCAAUGUACUUGGUACUCAAGAAGCAAUGGAGCGCUUCAACAACCUACUAUUAAGGCCUCAUAUCGCAUUCUCAGGCGCAUCUCCACACAACCUACAUUUUGGAGGACUGGUGCUAGUACCCGACCUGGUAUUCCCAUCUGGCCCCAUCGAAACGAUUGCUCCAGAGUUGUGGUCGGAUGCAUUGAAUGCAAAAGUGCUCAACACAGUUGCAGUAGCACAAGCGUUCCUACCAACAAUUUGCGAGUUCAAAGCGCGCGUCUUGAUGCUUACACCAAGUAUCGUUGCGUCACUGCGACCGCCGUUUCACAGCGUCGAAACCACGAUUGUUAGCGCCCUGGAAGGGUUCACGGCGUCUCUUCGGGGAGAGCUUGGCACGCUAGGAAUCGAUGUUUGUCAAUUCAAACUGGGGACGUUUGAUUGCAGUAGUGUGGGAGGGAAACAGCAUCUUCAGUCCAUCGCCGGUCCAAAGACGAAUCUGUGGCCAACGACGGCACGGGCGCUUUAUGCAGCCAACUACGUCAACCAGAGUCGCGUGGCUCGCAGCAGAGGGCUCUUCAGCCAGUCAAGCAGCACGGGCAGCUCGUUGCGAGAGCUGCACAACGCCGUUUUUGACGCACUCACGCAGAAGCAUCCACGGCGGGUGUGGCGAGUAGGCAGAGGAAGCGUGACCUAUGAUAUCGUAGGAAAUUGGGUGCCGGGUGGUUUGGUUGGGAUGAUGUUAGGAAUACAGCGAGUAUCCUUGAAUGAAGUGGCCGCUCCACAGCUGGAGGACAGUGUGCAGUCAUGGGAGAAGGUUGAGACGACAGUUUGAUGAGGUGGAAUUUCCGAGCCGACUGUCAACUUAGCGGACACAGCCGUUGCCGUUUGGCAGGACACGAUUCGAGGCUCGUAAAUUGGCAGGAAACGGUCAGGGCAGGGUCAGAGUAGCGUGCAUCUUGGCGACUAGAGGUCUGACCGGGUUAUUUUUAUUUGAGGAGUCGACUGUAAAUGCAGCCCACGAUGAUUCUCCGAUCAAUGUGAGGUUCUGCAGUAUAUAUAUAUAUAUGUACAUACGAACAGAAAUAGCAGAGAGAUUCCACUCAUUA